GUAUUUUAAUUCUGUCAGAAUUAAUUGUUUAAGAUGGUUUUAAAAUUGCUAACGUUCCUUCUUUACUAUUGUUUCAACAUUAUUCCAUAUGGCAACUUAAAAAAUUGCUAUCAGAAAUUACAGAUCAGAGGUGAUACAGUCAAGAUAAAGUUUUUCAGUUCCUCUUCAGAGAAUAAUAAAAUUUUCCCAAUUUACCAAGAGAUGCAGACCUAAAGUGUCAUGAAUAAGUUGACCCUAAAUUAACUCAUUUAACUUGGUCUAGUGGUUAGAUUAACAUUUAACCCAGUCUGGUGAUUGGCGACCCUGCACAUAGCAGGGGGAUUGAAACUAGAUGAUCAUUGUGGUCCUUUUCAACGCAGGCCAUUCUGUGAUUCUAUAAUUCUGUGAUUAACUUGAUGAGAGAAAGUUGUUGGAGAAUUUGAUAGUGGUAGUAUACACUAUUAGUAAUUAUUGACUCUCAGCUCUGCGUUUAGAGCCUCACCUGGCAAUAGUGACCCAUUCAAAAAGAAACUGAACAAGAUUAGAAAAAUCUCCCAGCCAACUAUUUUCUUAUAAGAGGCCAUACAGAAAACAGACAGAGAGUAAAAAGGACUUAGUUUAGUUUCAUGUUAUCUUUUUAACCUCAGGUGUGAUCACUCGUCAGAUAGAUUGAGAUGUUCUCUGUUGAUGUUUGAACUUUUGCCUGUUUAUCUUUUAACUAUGUUAACUAGAAGCAGAAGAAUAAAUUUAUUGACAGAAAAUAUGGGAACAGUUUGAGAAGGGCAUGGUAUAUAUUCUCAACUAUAAUUUGGUCAGAUCAGCUUUCACACUUAAGUUUUUGUACCAAAAAAAAAAAAAAAAAAAAAAGCAAAGCAUGAAUCUAUUAAUCCAUUGCUUGAACAGAAUCUAGAUGGUGCAUCAUUAAUGAUGUUACUAUACUACAUUUAAUGAAUGAAUUGUGUGGCAGAACCAUUUGUGCGUGUGUAUUGCGUUCUUUAGAAAACAGACAAUUGCAGUUGAUUUGCAGUGCUGCUGGCUUUUCCUGAAAUUUUAGAAUAUUUUGGGGCUGACGGUUUUUUUUUAAUUUGAGGAGUGAAUGGAAACAGAUGAAAAUGAGGGCUGAUGUAGUGACAAAGGAUGUGGGAAGGGCUGAGGCUGCUAUCUUUACCUCAACCUUCACUUGUAAGGUCUGCUCUCAGGCCUCCUAGGUCCUUAGUGGCAUAACCUGGGGAACUGAAGCAUUUCUGUGACCGAGAAAGAUCAAGCUGUGUCCCACUUAGGCAAAUUGGGCAUAUACAAAUCUAAGGUCAGUAGGAUACGCCAAAGAUAUGAAGGAGGUGGUCAGUAUCGUGAUACUGCUGUCUGGAGUUUCUCCCUGGAGAGGAGUGGAGAAGAGGAUCAGAAGACUGCAGGUUGAUCAACCCAUUGACAGUGUCUGGGUGUAGUAUGGAGUAUAUUAUCAGGAAACAGCUUCUAAGCAUAUGGACAAAAAGGUGACUGGGAGCAGCCUGCACGGAUUUACCAAGGGUAAAACUUGCCUUCUAACCUAAAGGCUUUUGAUGUAGCUGGGAUGGCAAAGCAGCUGGAAUAGGUGUACUAAAAUAUGGCCUCAAAGGGUUAUGCUUAGUAGAACGAAGUCCAGCAGGUUGCUAGGGAUUCCUUAGAAGGUUGAUGAGGUCAGCACUGUUUCUAUUCUCAAGUAAUGUUCUUCAGGGUGGGGCCAGAGGGCCCUGCCAACCUCAGUCAGUCUGUGAAUAUUUAGUUAUUUGUUAAGAGAUAUUUUGAUUAUGGCCAAAUGAUGGAAGAGAGUUCUUGAGAGUUUGUGAAAUCUCCAUCCUUGAAAAAAUACAAAACUCGACUGGAUUCAACCCUGGGGAACCUGAAUGUGACUUUGAAGUUUAAUCUCAUUUCUGUUGUUGUGCUUUAAUCAGGCAGUUGGCCUAAGCUCUCUCAACUAAAAUUAUUCUGUGUAUACUGAUACAUUUUCACUGCGUGCCCUGAGAGAUGUGAAGCCUGAUAAUAUGCUGCUAGAUAAAGCUGGUCAUUUAAAACUAGCAGAUUUUGGUACUUGUAUGAAAAUGAACAAGGAAGGUAUGGUACGAUGUGAUACAGCUGUAGGAACACCAGACUAUAUCUCUCCUGAAGUAUUGAAGUCCCAGGGUGGUGACGGUUACUAUGGACGAGAAUGUGACUGGUGGUCAGUUGGAGUUUUUUUGUAUGAGAUGCUUGUAGGUGACACACCUUUUUAUGCAGAUUCUUUGGUUGGAACAUACAGUAAGAUUAUGAACCACAAGAACUCCCUUACCUUCCCUGAUGACAACGAGAUCUCUAAAGAGGCAAAAAACCUUAUUUGUGCCUUUUUAACUGAUAGGGAAGUGAGACUGGGACGAAAUGGUGUAGAAGAAAUUAAACGGCAUCUUUUCUUCAAAGAUGAUCAGUGGGCUUGGGAGACUCUCAGAGACACUGUAGCACCAGUUGUGCCCGACUUAAGUAGUGACAUAGACACUAGUAAUUUUGAUGAUAUUGAUGAAGACAAAGGAGAGGAAGAAACAUUUCCCAUUCCAAAAGCAUUUGUGGGGAACCAGCUUCCUUUUGUUGGAUUUACGUAUUACAGCAACCGUCGGUAUUUAUCUGUCUCUGCAGAAAAUUCCAAUGAUAACAGAACAGGCUCCAGUAUGGAUAAAAGUGUGAUGGAAAAUAUGCAGAAGAUGAUCUAUGAUUUGGAAGAGCAACUACAUAAUGAAAUGCAGCUGAAAGAUGAAAUGGAACAAAAGUGCAGGUCUUCAAACAUAACGCUAGACAAGAUAAUGAAAGAACUGGAUGAAGAGGGAAAUCAAAGAAAGAACCUAGAAUUAACAGUGUCUCAGAUUGAGAAGGAAAAGAUGGCACUGCAGCAUAAGAUAAACGACUACCAAAGAAAAAUAGAACAAGAGAGUGAAAAGAGACGGAAUGUGGAAAAUGAAGUGUCUACGCUAAAAGAUCAAAUGGAAGACUUGAAAAAAAUCAGCCAGCAUUCACAAAUUACAAAUGAGAAGAUAACACAGUUACAAAAACAACUAGAAGAAGCCAAUGAUUUGUUACGGACAGAAUCGGAAACAGCAGUAAGACUGAGAAAGGGAAACACAGAAAUGAGCAAGUCAUUAAGUCAAGUAGAAUCAUUGAAUAGAGAACUGCAGGAAAGGUGCAGAGUUCUAGAAAGCGCAAAACUGCAGGUGGAGAAAGAUUAUUAUCAACUGCAAGCAGCUUUGGAAUCAGAACGAAGGGACAGAAGUCAUGGAUCUGAAAUGAUUGGAGAACUACAGGUUCGGAUUACAACUUUACAAGAAGAAUUAAAAAACCUUAAAAAUAAUCUUGAAAGAGUGGAAGCAGAAAGAAAACAAGCACAAGAUAGGCUUAAUCAUUCAGAAAAGGAAAAGAAUAAUUUGGAGAUAGAUUUGAACUACAAACUCAAGUCUUUACAGGAUCGCUUAGAACAGGAAGUAAAUGAACACAAAGUGACUAAAGCUCGAUUAACUGACAAACAUCAGUCAAUAGAGGAGGCAAAAUCAGUUGCAAUGUGCGAAAUGGAAAAAAAAGUAAAGGAAGAAAGAGCAGCAAGAGAAAAGGCAGAGAAUCGAAUAGUUCAGGCUGAAAAACAGUGUUCCAUGCUAGACUUUGACCUGAAGCAGUCUCAGCAGAAACUGGAACAUCUUCUUCAGCAAAAGGAAAGACUGGAGGAUGAAGUAAAGAAUCUGUCACUUCAGCUAGAGCAAGAGACAAAUAAGCGAAUAAUGGCACAGAAUGAAUUAAAGGCACAAGCUUUUGAAGCAGAUAACUUGAAGGGUUCUGAGAAGCAACUGAAACAAGAAAUCAAUACGUUAUUGGAAGCAAAAAGAUUACUGGAAGUUGAGUUGGCUCAACUUGCUAAACAAUACAGAGGAAAUGAAGGUCAAAUGCGUGAGCUUCAGGAUCAGCUUGAAGCAGAGCAGUAUUUUUCGACACUUUACAAAACUCAGGUUAAGGAACUGAAGGAAGAAAUUGAUGAGAAGAAUAAAGAAACUCAAAGAAAAAUGCAGGAAUUGCAAAAUGAGAAAGAAACACUCACUACACAGCUGGAUUUAGCUGAAACCAAAGCUGAGUCAGAACAGUUGGCACGGGCACUUCUUGAAGAGCAGUAUUUUGAAUUGAGUCAGGAGAGCAAAAAAGCAGCAUCACGACAUAGGCAAGAAAUGACGGAUAAGGACAGCAUCAUAAGAAGGCUGGAAGAAACUAACAGCACGUUAACCAAAGAUGUUGAUCUAAUAACAAAAGAAAAUUCAGAGAUCAGUGAAAAAAUGAAGAAACAGGAAGAAGAAUAUAAGCUGAAAAAAGAGGAAGAAAUUAACAAUAUUAGAAUGCAGUAUGAGAAGAGUAUCAACACUGAGAGAACUCUGAAGACACAGGCUGUCAACAAACUGGCUGAGAUCAUGAAUAGAAAAGAUUUUAAAAUAGAUAGAAAAAAAGCAAGCAUGCAAGAUUUGAGGAAGAAAGACAAGGAAAACCGAAAGCUACAACUGGAGCUUAAUCAAGAAAAAGAGAAAUUCAAUCAGAUGGUAGUGAAAUACCAGAAGGAGCUUAAUGAAAUGCAAGCGCAACUAGCAGAAGAAUCAACAUACAGGAAUGAGCUACAGAUGCAGCUGGAUAGUAAAGAGAGUGACAUAGAACAAUUACGAAGGAAAAUUUUGGAUCUCCAGCAAGGAAUGGAUUCUACCAGCGUUUCUAGUCUACAGCCAGAUGAAAUUGAUGGAAAUCUUUCAGAAUCAAGGCUUGAAGGUUGGCUUUCAAUACCAAACAAGGGAAACAUAAAGCGGCAUGGCUGGAAGAAACAGUAUGUUGUGGUGAGCAGUAAAAAGAUACUGUUCUAUAAUGAUGAAAAGGACAAGGACCAGUCUAAUCCAUCCAUGGUACUAGACAUAGAUAAGCUGUUCCAUGUCCGACCUGUAACUCAAGGAGAUGUAUAUAGAGCAGAAACUGAAGAAAUUCCUAAAAUAUUCCAGAUUUUGUAUGCUAAUGAGGGGGAAUGCAGGAAGGAUGUGGAGGUAGAGUCAGUCCAGCCUGCAGAGAAGACAAAUUUCCUAAAUCAUAAAGGCCAUGAAUUUAUUCCAACAAUAUACCACUUUCCAGCCAACUGCGAGGCCUGUGCCAAACCUCUUUGGCAUGUCUUCAAGCCCCCAGCUGCCCUGGAAUGUCGAAGAUGCCAUGUGAAGUGCCAUAGAGACCACUUGGAUAAAAAGGAGGAGUUAAUUGCACCAUGCAAAGUGAGUUACGACGUAACUUCAGCAAGAGAUAUGUUGUUGCUGGCAUCCUGUCAGGAUGAACAGAAGAAAUGGGUAACUCAUUUAGUAAAGAAGAUCCCUAAGAACCCACCUUCUACUUUUGUUCGUGCUUCUCCUAGAACUAUGUCUACAAGAUCCUCAGCAAACCAGUCAUUCCGAAAAGCUGUUAAAAAUACUUCUGGAAAAACGAGCUAACCACGUGUACAGUGCUUAAUGGAACCUCAUGGGAUGCGGUCUGAAAAACAGCUUUUUAACCACACAGAGCAGUGCAGACAGGCUGUUGUUCCUUCCAACAUAACUAUCACAGGCUUCAGGGUUAAGAUUGCUAUUACUGUCUCCUCCUUGCUUUGGCACAAAAGCACACUGAGGGUGUUUAAUUGCGGGUUUGCCUAAAGGUAGAUUAGAUUAAUUAUUACUGUGUAAUGCAAGUUAAAGCAAAUAAAGCUUAGCUAGGUGUAUAAAAAAAGGUGCUGCCUUUUUUGGAUACAGAAAGAAAAAAAGCCUGUAAAUCACGAUGAAAUGCAGCCAACUUUCUUCAUAUCAGUGAAAGAAGAGGACUGUUUACCCUUGGAAAGGGAUAUUUAUGUCAAGAUGAGCAUAUGAAACUGAGUAGAGGAGGAAGGUUUCUCAAUGAGAAGAACUGCAAUUGCUUUCAGGACUCAACAGUUGUGCUCUUGAAGACUGCAGAACUAGCUUACAAAUGAAGCCUUAUCACUUGAACUUCAGUGCCUUCACUGCAGAGUUCUUAACAGCCUUAAUGCUAAUCACCCACUUUGGAAUGGAUCCAAGUGUUAAAUAUCUUACCUUACGCUUUUCAAAAUACUGAUUCAGCAGGUUUGUAAAGGGGGGGAAAGCCAAGUAAUUGCCUUUAAUCUAUGCAUUUUUGCCAAGCCAUACUGAAUUAUUUUACUAUUAGAGGCAUUAGAAACUAACAGGAAACAGAACCGAGUUUGGAAGCAUAUUUUGGGGUACAUCGUUUCUAUAACUGAAUACUGUACUGCUUUACAAAUUCAAGAGAUAACAUACAUUAAGUUAACAAACAUGUAUGCACUGUUUGAAAUGUAAAUUAUUCUUAGAACACUUUUACUGGGUUUUACGUUGUCAUUUUAGUGCCUUAAUUUGAGUUAAUUGUAUGAUUGCCAUGUCAAUAAAUGUAGAAAUAUAAAAAAUAACAAAGGAAACCUCUAAAAAAACCUAUUGUGUUAUCAGUGGUUUUUACUGAACUUGGAUUGGUUGAAGUAUUGUAGAUGCUAGAUGCAUUUUCUAAAUUAAAGACCAUCUUUGAAUGGGAAUUCCUCUUACAAAGAAAGACUGGUUCUGAUUUAUAAGGCAAGAAAUGUGCAGGCAAUGGGAAAAAAAAUAAAAAGCAUAUAACAUAAAAGCUUCAGGUAAUUCAGGAAUGUCAGUAAAUGCUGUCAGCCUCUUGCUUUGUAGCAGGAACGCAUUCAUGGUUAUAUGGGCAGUAUGGUUUUAUUUUAUAUUAUUUCUUAACCGAAUACCUCCUCAGUAAUUUAUAAUGGCUUUGCAGUUGUGUAUUAAAUAAGAAGCACUGGAAAACUGAUUCGUCCUUAGGACGAUUUGCAUGUUUCAAGUGGUAUUGAAAGCCGCACUGAUGGAUAUGUAAUAAUAAACAUAUCUGUUAUUAAUAUGGUAAUGACUCUGUGCUCAUUUAAUGAGAAAUAAAGUAAUUUAUGGAAGGACUCUUC